CGACCGCGCUCAGAUGGAGUGAAACGCCACUGGAAAGCGUAUGGAUAUGGCACACACGGUGAAAACUCCACUCAGGAGGUCUUUUAGCGAGCACGUGAAGGAUUCAACUAACAAAGCUUGGGAUACAUUUUGGAGGAGUGCACGUGAGAAGCGGCUCUCAGAGAUAGAAGCGAAGGAGGCUUGUGAUUGGCUCCAUGCAGCUGGUUUCCCUCAGUAUGCACAGUUAUUCACCGAUUGCUGUUUCCCUAUUGACAUAGACUGGGUGAAGAGUGAUCAUGAAUUUCUGGAUAAGGAUGCCUUAGAUUCUCUAUGCAGGAGAUUAAGUACCUUAAACAAGUGCGUGGAGAUGAAGCUGGAGUUGAGCCGGUCCAAAAGAAGAGGAGAUGAAGAGGAGGAAGAAGACGUCUAUGCAAUCAGCCCAAAAUGGUCAUUCGAGAGGAAGAGCCGGCGAUGGAUACGUGUGGAUGACGGGCACUCACCGAACAGCCCCGUUUCAAGUUAUAGGAGAUGCUGUGAGGCCUCUCUUUCCGAUAGCGGUGAAUGCCAUGAGCUUUGCUCCACUCAUAGCUCCAGUAAUGCGGACAGCGAUGGGGGAAGCGCUCCCAACACAACGGCAGAGGAACCCGAGAAAAGUCGUAGCUCCUCCAGAUGCUCCUCGAACUACAAAUCUUGCAGCAGACCUCCGUCCCCUAGUGAACAUCACCCGUUGGGCAGUGAAGAGUGCCUUGCUGAGAAGCCUCCAGUUAAAAAAGGAAAAAGCCUUCUCCGAAAGAUGGAGAAACUCAGAUUAACCGGAGGCACGCUACACCCACACACCAGAGGCAUAAAAGCAAGACUCGUCAUAAGUGGACCAGUUAUCCAGGAAGGUCUUGGCGAGGAAAGGCUAAAGCAUCUCCAAUGUCUAGAUCUAGCAAGGCUCCAAGACAAGACCGAAAGUCCUGCAUCCAGCACACCGCCCUCGGGAUCCAGUAGCAGUCCCUCGGAAAGCAGCAGCACGGUCAGCACGCCUAGCCCAGUGACCAAGGUGCGGAGCAACUGCAAACGCCCCGGGCCGACCAAACAAGAUGACGGCCAGAAGCAAAUCAACCCCAUCUUUGAAAUUCCCCAUGGACACAAGCCAGGCACAUUCCCAACUGUGCUCUCCCACGACAACGCCUUCUCACCCAUCGACAACACCUCGGUCAACUGGAGGACCGGAAGCUUCCAUGGUUACCGAGGCAGAAGCAGUAGCUCCAAGGACCAGGAACAAACAUGCAGCCCAUUGGCUACUUGUGAUCACCGCGUCAGCAUUUAUGACAACGUCCCAGUCCCAGAUCACAUGCAGAUUUUGGACGACGACGUCUUCUCUGCUUUGGACAGUGUGAUGGAACGCAUUUGUGGCCUGCAGCAGUUGGUGACCUCGUGGACGGAUAAGUUGUCAGAGGAUGGGGAUUCAGAUUUUUCCCACUCGGGUUCCCCCUCGCCCUCCUCUCUGACUGACAUCCACCUUGAGAUCAAAGAGCCAGAAGAGACGGAUGAAGCGUUUGCACACACUGCUCAGCCUACAGAGCACAGUGAUCACAGAAUUCAGAGGCCCCACUGGUCCAGUGCACAGAUGCUUUCACUGAGCAACCCCAGCACGGGCAUACAGGCAAAAUCAGCACCACAUGUCUCCAUGCUGCAAAGACUGAGCCUUCUCCGGCUCACGGCUCUGAUGGACAAGCACUCACCCUUCAGCAAACAAGGCUGGAACUGGACUGUGCCGAAAGUCUACCGAAAGGUUAAACCUUCAGAACAUAAGAGCAGGAAGGUGUUUGAGGUGCCUUUGCUCCAGAGUGUCCAGCAAUCGGGAAAACCUUUACCACCGAGCAUUUUGAGAGCAAUGGAGUACUUGAGGACAGAGUGCUUGGAUCAGGUUGGGCUCUUCCGAAAGUCUGGGGUCAAAUCCCGCAUUCAAAAUUUAAGGGAAAUGGUGGAGGCUGACCCCGAGGGCGUGUCCUUUGAAAAUCAGUCGGCUUUUGAUGUGGCUGACAUGGUGAAGCAGUAUUUCAGAGACCUACCCGAACCCAUCUUCUCCAGCAAACUGUGCGAAACCUUCUUGCACAUCUACCAAUACUUCCCCAAAGAUCAACAGUUUGUGGGGGUUCAAGCAGCCAUUUACCUCCUGCCUGAUGAGAACAGGGAAGCCCUUCAGAGCCUCCUCCUCUUCCUCCAGGAGGUGGUCUCCUGCGUGGAGGAGAACCAGAUGACUCCGACCAACAUCGCCGUGUGCUUGGCGCCCUCUUUGUUUCACCUCAACUCUUUCAAAAGAGACAGAACCAGCAUGAGGUCCCGACAAAGGAAAUACAGCUUGGGGAGGCCGGACCAGAGAGAUCUGAGCGAGAACCUGGCUGCAACACAGGGACUGUCGCAUAUGGUUUCUGAAUGCUCUCGCCUUUUCCAGGUACAAAGCAUCAUAUCCCGAAAAUACUGGGAAGAGCAGGGAGCCGGCAGCUUUACCGAAGAUUCGCAGCAAAAUGAUGCAGGUCUAAGUUCUGUGUCUCACUGUGGAGAAAAUGAACUUCCAGACCGUGCCAGGCUGUUUCUACUCACACAAAAACAUUUGAAGGAGGUCAGAGACAAGUCUAAAAGGUGGAACUCCUGUUCGAGCUGUGAUCAUGUGGAUGUGGCGAAUAAAAAGGUGGAGGACGGUUACCCUUUGCGGCUGUGGAGAGGAACGACAGAAUUGGACGCUCCGCAACAGGAAGUCUUCCACCACGUGUUACGAGAACAGAGUCAGUGGCAGAGAGACCUCUUGCACAGCGAGGUGGUGGAGACUCUGGACAAGGAUGCAGACGUGUACCAUUACAUACUCCAGGCUGCAGGGGCCCGACCACCACUACAACAUGUUCUGUUACGGACGUGGCAAACGGAUCAUCCCACGGGGUCUAUGUUUGUGUCCUCCACCUCGGUCGAGCACGCCGCUGUGGCUGUCAGAGGAGUACGGGCGCAAGUUUUCUGCAGCUUCUUUUUAAUCGAGCCGCUGGGGUCGAAAAAGUCAAGAGUCACGCACCUCUGCCGGACCGACACGAGAGGUCGAUCUCCAGAAUGGCACCAUAAAGUCGGAGGACACCAGGUAUCAUCUGUGUUGAUGGCCAUGAGAGACUCUUUUAGACACAAAACAAAAGACUCAAAGCAUACUAAGGAGUAAUCCAUUAAACCUCAGACAGCUUUCCAAUCCCAGAGCUACGAGUGGGCUCGAAAAACAAAGAAAUAAAGUGAGUGUGAGCGAGCGAAUGGGGUCCAAAGCUCUGAGAUGAUGAAGUGAAAUCUUCAAAGUUGUUCCAGACUCUCGGUACCGUGGAGACUUACGGGACCAUUUCAAUGCAAAGACAAUUCAGCCUGCAGACACUGAACAACAGCAGUGUGAUGAGGUGUACCAGGAGAGCCGGUGCACUUCGCAUUAUCAAGACUGACAAGAGAGAGUGUCAGAGUAAUGAAAUGUCUCAUCCCAUUUAAAGGACCGUUCCACGGGACUCUCAAACUCUCAAAUCCUGCUGUUCUUAAGCAUUAAAGGAUGGACUGGGUGACUUGAUCUGGAACUAUAUCACACUUUCAUCAUAAACAUGAGAAACACUGUGUACAGAAGCCGAGACUCUGAUUCACAGGCGCGUUUUUCAGUUGCCAUCGCUUUAAUUUAUUUGUGAGAUUAUCUGAUUGACCAUUUGGUGAUAUACAUGACCUGGCGCAUUAUAAUUAUAUUGCAUUUUAGUUUUAUCAUGAACUAUACGAUCAAAUUGUGAUGCUACACAUUUGAUCAAAUCAAAAUAUUACAAUUAUACUAUAAAUAUUGACUUUAUAAGAGGAAUUUCUAAUAUAACUUAUAUUUUUGUGAUGGUAUUGUUGAUAUGUUACAGAUUUUUAUUUAAAUAUAUAUAUAUCAUUGAAGUACA